AUGCCAGCAACUGACGGGAGCGCAGACUUGAGCAAGGACCAGGUGCAGGUAGCUGCGCUCGGGUUCGUUCUGCCAGUGUCGUGGUUGAAGUCCUUCGAGUUCUUGUCCUUCACCAGCACCCUCGGCACUCUCUCCGUCCUCGCAGCCUUGAUCACUGUGCUCAUCGAUGGGCUGGGCCACCAGGGAUCGUUGGAUGCGGUCACCUCUGCCUUGUCCUCCCUCCCGCUCUGGCCAGACUCGUUCGAGUCCUACUUCAAGUCGCUCGGGAGCGUCCUCUUCCUCUUCUGCGUUAACUUCCUGGUCUUCCCCAUCGAGAGGUCAAUGAAGAAUCCUGGGAACUUUGACCGAGCUGUCAACGGAGCUGUCUGGACCACUGCAUCUGUCAACAUCCUCUUCGCGGCCCUCGCCUUCUCCUUCUACGGGCAGGAGACUCAAGACAUUGUUCUCAACAACCUCGGACCUGGCAACGUCCUCACAGCCGUCAAACUUCUACUGUGCGCCGACCUUCUCCUCACCUACCCGCUCGUGUUCGCUGCGGGGCGUGAGAUCCUUGAGAACGCGUUUCUCAACGAUGAGGAGGAAGGGGAGGAGGGAAAUAGGACGGAAGGACUACCGGUAGUGUCGGGGAAGAAAGCGCUGCUCCGAACGAGCCUUGUAGGGUUCACGUUGCUCGUGGGCAACCUGAAAGGUUUUGGUCUCAUCACUAACAUAGCAGGAGGUCUAGCUCAAGGGUCUCUCGCCUUCAUCAUUCCACCGGCCCUUCAGCUCCAGCUGAAGCCCAGCACCAGAAUCUCCCAGCUGAUGGCUUCAGCUCUCAUCCUGCUGGGCUUGUUGAGUUCAGGGCUCACAACCUACGAGGCGAUCGUCUCCUCUUAG